AUGGACGAGUUGGAUGCGGUUGCGGGAUACAUGCGAGUGGCCGCUAUGUCCAUCUUCAUUUACGACUGGAUAAUCACCCUGCCCAUGGAGUUGAAUCUAUGUGCAUCGACGUCAGAAGUCUUUGUGGCGCCCGAGCACCUCCUGCAUCAUGCUAGUCCUCGUUCGAGUCCGUCUCCCUCUCGCUUCGUCUGCCCCCUUCGUGCUCACAGUUCGAGAAAGUAUCUGGCACUUAUAGCCCUCCUCACCAACUUGGUCGGCUUCUUCUCCCACUUCUUCGUCGAGGAUCCCCACGGCACGGACAUCCCAUGCCACCAUUUCGCCAGCGUCAUGCCAAUCAUGCAAUGCCUCGCUGCCUGGGCUAGUCACGCAGUCUUCGUCUUCCGCACGGUGGCAAUAUGCAACAAUGAGCGGCUUAUCAUGAUCAUCUUUACCUUCCUUGCAGUGGUCGUGGCCGGAGUUGAGCUCUUCUCCAUGCUUUGGUCGUAUAAAUUCGACGUUGGCCCGACAGGGAACUGCGUCCUGAAGUACGACGAGCGCAGCAAAAUCAGCUACAUGUACUACUUGGCCGGUACGCUCUUCGACGCUGCUGUCAUUACCGUCACGUACCACUCGCUGGCGGUCAUCCGGGGUUCGAGCUUGUUCGAGUUCCUCUGGAACUCGUCUGCGGUGUACUUCUGCGUCACCACAGUGGUCAAUAUCAACAACAUGGUCUUCUACGCUGUAUUCAGCAACAACCACGAGACUAUGCUCUGCGCUAUGGGCAUAGCUAUAACGAGCAUGAUGAGCGCGCGCGUCAUCCUACACACGCAGGAGCGAGCGCGCCAGCGAAGGAGUUCACGACACAUGAGGCAACUGCCGUCGGUAGACCGGCGAACCCCGUCACCGCUGACGCCGGCAUUUGCUUCUGCGCCUCCACCUUCACCUUCGCCUCCACCUUCCCCUGUCCCCGUCAUCGACAUCCGGCGGCAGAGUGGGACUCAGAUUUCGGAAGAGGUACCACAAACCCAGAGGCAGAUGACGUGCGAGUCUACCUACGCGAACUCGUUGUACCUACCGCAGAUGGACGGCCUCUAUCGCAUGUCAAACUCCUCAAGGACGACCUUCGUUAACCACGAUCCCAAACACGACUCCGAUAUCGGUGUUCUCGAACCCGUGCAUAUCCGUCCUAGCACGGAGAAGAGGCCGAGCCUGCGGGACGUAUCCCUUGAUUGGCGACCUCCCAGCUCAGCGCCCAUCGUCAUACCCGGAACGACCCCGCCCAAAGAGAUACUUCAUGACAUCCAGACGGCCUCCUCAUGUACAAAGUGAUGUUGGGAUACACUCCUUCCACCCCCACGCCGCCUUCGUCAAGGCAUCCCUUCGUUUCAUAGACUUGUUUGCACGCUGCACUGAUCUAAUUACCCUUAUCUUAGUAGCGACUGAGUAUUCGAGUACUAUACAGCUUGUAUUCUCGCUUGUUUUCUGUACAUUGUAAUGGGAUUCUUUGGCGAUGC